AUGGAGAAGCUGCGGCGGCCGCCGGCGGCGCCGGCGCCGGACGCCGCCGCGACCCUUCGCCUUGCCUCCCUCCUCCAGUCGCACGGCCGCGCGGGCGACCUCCGCGGGGGCCGCGGCCUCCACGCGCGGCUCGUGCUCUCCGGCGCCGCCGCGGCGUCCACCUUCCUCGCCAACCACCUCAUCACCAUGUACUCCAACUGCGCCGACCCCGCCUCGGCGCUCCGCCUCUUCGGUGCCAUGCCCCGCCGCAACGUCGUCUCCUGGACCGCCCUCGUCUCGGGCCUCGCCCGGAACUCCAUGCACGGCGACGCGCUCGGGGCCUUCGCCGCCAUGCGCCGGGCGGGCGUCGCGCCCACGCAGUUCGCGCUCUCCAGCGCCGCGCGCGCCGCGGCCGCCCUCGCCGCCCCACUCCCGGGCGCGCAGCUGCACUGCGUCGGUGUCAGGCUCGGCCUCGACACCGAGCUCUUCGUCGCGAGCAGCCUCGCGGAUAUGUACUCCAGGUGCGGGUUCCUGCCUGAGGCAUGCAGGGUGUUUGAUGAAAUGCCCCAGAAGGAUGCCGUUGCGUGGACUGCCAUGAUCGAUGGGUACGCCAAGAAUGGGAGCCUUGAGGCGGCUGUUCUAGCCUUCCGCGACAUGAAACGCGAGGGAUUGGCUAGAGUUGAUCAGUAUGUGCUCUGCAGUGCCUUGAGUGCAUCAGGAGGAAUCAAGGAUGGGCGGCUCGGCAAAAGCAUCCAUUGUUGUGCGACGAAGGCAGGGUUUGAUCUGGAUGUUGCUGUGAGGAAUGCGCUUGUCGACAUGUACGCUAAGGCCAUGGAUGUGGAGAAUGCCUCUCGCACGCUCAAGAUUGACCCCGGAGGUUGGAAUGUUGUGUCAGGCACCUCCCUGAUUGAUGGCUACAUUGAGACUGAUUGUGUCGAGGAGGCCCUUGGAAUGUAUAUCGAAAUGCGGAGGCAUGGAGUCGAGCCCAAUGAAUUCACUUUCUCGAGCAUGAUCAAGGGCUGUGCCAUGCAGGCACUGCUUGAGCAAGGUGCCCAGUUGCAUGCUCAAGUGAUCAAAACAAGUGUGAUUAGGGACUCCUUUGUUGGUUCCGCCCUAGUUGACAUGUAUGGAAAGUGUGGCCUUAUAAAUUUGUCCAUGCAGUUAUUCGAUGAGAUUGAAUACCGGACAGAUAUUGCUUGGAAUGCAGUAAUCAAUGUAUUCGCGCAACAUGGUCAUGGCAGGGAAGCAAUCCAAGCUUUCGAUCGGAUGAUCUAUAGUGGCAUGAGGCCAAAUCACAUUACAUUUGUCAGCCUGCUCACAGCAUGUAGUCACGCUGGAUUAGUGGAUGAAGGACUCGAAUAUUUUUACUCUAUGAAGGACGCCCACGGGAUUGAGCCUAAAGAGGAGCACUAUUCCUGUAUCAUUGAUAUGUAUGGUCGAGCUGGGAGAUUAGAUGAAGCAUAUAAGUUCAUAUCUGAGAUGUCCAUCAAGCCUAAUGCUUAUGGUUGGUGCUCUCUGCUUGGAGCUUGCCGAAUGCGACGGAACAAAGAGCUGGGGGAGAUUGCAGCACAAAAUCUGAUGAAGCUUGAGCCAGGUAACACAGGUAUUCAUGUGUCCCUUUCUGGGAUCUAUGCGUCCUUGGGCCAAUGGGAGGAUGUAAAAGCAGUCCGGAAGUUGAUGAGGGAUAGCAGGCUUAAGAAACUUCCUGGUUUUAGCUGGGUUGAUUCUAACAAAAAAACCCAUGUGUUUUUAUCCGAGGAUUGGUCACAUCCACAGAAGAAUGACAUAUAUGAGAAACUUGAGGAACUCACUACAAGGAUUAAGGAGGAGGGCUAUAUCCCGGACACAAGUUUCUUGCCAAGUAAUUUGGAAGACAUCGCGAAAGAGAGGAUUCUGCGUUAUCACAGUGAAAGGAUAGCUGUGGCUUUUGCUUUGAUAAGCAUGCCAGCUACAAAACCAAUCAUUGUGAAGAAGAAUUUGCGAAUAUGUGUAGACUGCCACAAUGCAUUGAAGUUCAUUUCUAAGGUAGAAAGAAGGGAUAUUAUUGUCAGAGACAACUCCAGGUUUCACCAUUUUGUGAAUGGGAGGUGUUCCUGUGGAGAUUACUGGUGAUGUCACUCUCAUCCUUUCUUGAACUAUAAAGGAUACAAUAGGAAUUUUUUACAUUGCUGGCAACUGACCAGUUAUUCAUGUUACUGACCAGUUAUUCGUGUUACUAUUGUUUACUGUAUACAGUUGUUAGUUGUAACAAUAUUGAUUCGGACAAAAAGCAAAAGCAAUGUGCAUUGAC